AUGAUUGAAACACCACGGGAAACAAUUAUGAUGAUCAAUGAAGAACAACGUUUUGCUCUUCGUUCAAUAACAAAUUCAAAAAAUUUAUCUUUUGACCAGUAUGCCUAUUCACGUUAUAAAUAUGGUGAUAGUAAUCAGGCAAAAAUAUUUGGACAAGAAUUAUGUACAGGUUUUAUAGAAAAAUGUCAUGAUUUUCUUCUUACAUCAAAUCAACAAUUUAUGGCUAUAUCAUCACCACGUGGUAUUAUACCGCCAGCUGCUUAUUAUAUAUUUCAAUCAUUUUUAGAAAAAUUAAAUUGUUUUUUACAAUUAAAUGAACGUCCACCAGCAUUAGAACAUACAAUACAACGUUUAAGUACAAUAGCAGAAGAUUAUUCAUUAUUAUCAAGACGUGAACGUUUUAAUCAUUUAAACGAUGAACGAUAUUCAAUUGAUAGACAACCGAUUAUGAAUAAAUUUUUAUUAUUUAUUGAUGAUAUUCGUAUUACAGGAUACUGUGAACCACACUGA